AUGAAAUGUAUUCAAAAAUUUCCGAAAGUUGCUUGUUAUGUUUCAUUUUGCAUUUCGCCGAUUUCCUGCCGUUAUAGAGCAUUGUCCAAUCUUGAACAGCAUGAUUUCAAUGCAUUUCCAUUCCCUGAUACAGUACAAAAAGCUUUGGAUACACCGGAAUUGCAGAGAUGCAUCAGUGAAGAAGGAAUCAAAUGCCUUCUCCUAUGCAAAUGGCUUUCACUAUUAUGGUUCCUGGUUCGCGAUUGA